AUGUCCUUCAGUGGACGGACGCCUGAGUCGCUUCUUCCACGGUCAGACUCAAAAAAUCCGGCAACCACGUGUAGAGGGAUCACCUCGACAGGACGGCCGUGUCGGCGAGCGCUCGCCUCCACAUCCCCAAGGGAUUCGCCCGCCCCUUCGCCCAAUCGCGGCGUCGGUGUGCUUGCAGUUCUUGACCAAGAACAUGCGGCAGCGUUCUAUUGCUGGCAACAUAAAGACCAGGCGGAGCAGCUGGCCGCGAAAAAUGAUCGAAAGACCACAAGUCUCCAUCCCCUGAAGGAGAAAUCGAGUAUCGAUACACUCGUGGAGCGAGUCGGAAUCUUGAACUUGGAUGAGGAUAUUCUCGACCAGCAGAAGCGGCAUCGACGACAUCACCGCCAUGGCGGCGGUCCUGGUAACAGCCACGGCCCCAGUCGUCGAGAGACGUUGCCUUCGGGUUGGAAUGAGAUGCAAAGCCCUCUGAUGAGUGUGCCUGAGGAGGUUGUACGACGUAACCCACGUCCACGUCCCCGUCCACCUCCACCUCCACCUCCACGGUCUAAUGUCAAGUUCUCUUGGGCUUGUUGCAUACGAGCCGAUGACGACGAUGAAGACCUGCCUCCUCCUGCAAGGGUGAGAUCUGCUAGAGCCAGACGUCCACCCAAAGAAUUCCAUGCCCCUAGGCUGGAAAUGCAGCAGGCCCACGACAAACUGUACAUGACUUCGAUUCCGCAGUCACUGCCGGUCAAACCUACACCACCGAGACCAACAGCGUUAGUAGCAUCAUCCUCCAGUCCCACUCACUCUCAAACACAAACCUUUCUCUCGAUCAUCCCGCCCCAUCUCUCGCCGCAGGCCACUUCCCUCUUACUGUCUGAGCUAUCACGACCCAUUUCACCAUCCGAUGAAGCCGGGUACAUCUACAUAUUCUGGUUAACCCCUGAGACCGACGUAUCCAAGCCUGACGACGAGACGGCAUCAGCAUUGUUAGACGAUGAUGACGACGACAUCUCACGAACCACGGCUUCCGCUGCACGGACAAACCAGACACUAACACGAUAUGCCUCUGUUCGACAUACCAAUACCUCAUCUCCAUCUUCUCGGUCUCGAGCUCAACCAGUUGCGCAGCGCACAAUCACCCUCAAAAUCGGUCGCGCCUCAAAUGUCCACCGCCGCAUGUCCCAAUGGACCAAACAGUGCGGACAGAACAUUACGCUGAUUCGCUUUUAUCCGUACACAGGCUCAUCUGGCCACGGCAGAAGUGGUGUUUCUCCGGCGAGAAAAGUCCCCCACGUCCACCGUGUCGAGCGACUCAUUCAUCUCGAGCUGGCUGAGAAGCGCGUGGUCAAGACUGAGUGCGAGCAGUGUGGACGAGAGCAUAGGGAAUGGUUUGAGAUCGAGGCCACGAGGGCCGGACUGAAGGCUGUAGAUGAAGUCGUCAGACGGUGGGUGGCAUGGGCGGAACGUCAGUAG